AUGACUCUACAAGGAGGCUUCAAUGGAGCCUGGAUUGGCUGCCACAGAGGUGUGUGCUGCUGGCUGUUGCCGCUGGCUUGUUAUUUCUUAAUCUCCUCUGCAGCAAAACCCAAAAUGCCAGGUCACACGCACCUCAAUUCAAUACGCAUCGAUGGCGAUAUAUCUCUGGGCGGGCUGUUCCCCGUGCACGCGAGGGGGAACGAUGGGAAAGCCUGUGGGGAGCUGAAGAAGGAGAAAGGGAUCCAUAGGCUAGAGGCCAUGUUAUUUGCCCUGGAUCGUAUCAAUAAUGACAAUGAGCUGCUGCCUAAUAUCACACUGGGGGCGCGGAUCCUGGACACCUGCUCCCGGGACACACAUGCUCUGGAGCAGUCGCUGACAUUUGUUCAGGCGCUGAUUGAGAAAGACUCAACCGAUGUCAAGUGUCUCAGUGGAGGUCCGCCCAUCAUCACUAAGCCGGAGAGAGUAGUGGGAGUGAUCGGUGCAUCUGCCAGCUCCGUGUCAAUCAUGGUAGCCAACAUCCUGCGCCUCUUCAAGAUUCCUCAGGUGAGCUAUGCCUCCACAGCUCCUGAGCUGAGUGAUAAUACCCGUUACGACUUCUUUUCCCGGGUGGUGCCCCCAGACACAUACCAGGCCCAGGCUAUGGUGGAUAUCGUCAAAGCCAUGCGCUGGAACUACGUCUCCACUGUCGCCUCUGAGGGGAACUAUGGAGAGAGCGGUGUUGAUGCUUUUAUUCAAAGGUCUCGAGAGGAUGGUGGUCUGUGCAUUUCCCAGUCGGUGAAAAUACCCCGUGAACCAAAACCUGGAGAGUUUGACAAGAUUAUUCGCAGGCUAAGUGAGAACCCAAACGCCCGGGUGGUCAUUAUCUUUGCCAACGAGGACGACAUCAGGCGACUUCUGCAAGCAGCUAAGAAGGCAAACCAAACAGGACAUUUCAUCUGGGUGGGUUCAGACAGCUGGGGCUCCAAAAUCUCCCCGAUACUGAACCAGGAGGAGAUGGCGGAGGGUGCUGUUACCAUCCUGCCCAAGAGACAAUCAAUCAAAGGUUUUGAUCGCUACUUCAUCAGCCGGACGCUGGAGAACAACAGGAGGAAUAUCUGGUUUGCAGAGUUCUGGGAGAAUAAUUUUCAAUGCAAGCUCAGCCGACACGCCGUGAAGAAAGGAUCCGGCAUCAAAAAAUGCACAAAUCACGAGCGGAUCGGGAAAGACUCCUCCUACGAACAAGAAGGGAAGGUUCAGUUUGUGAUAGAUGCGGUUUACGCCAUGGCUCAUGCUCUGCACAACAUGCACAAAGAUCUGUGUCCAGGAAAGGUCGGUCUCUGCUCCAAGAUGGACACCAUCAACGGCACACAGCUGCUCAAGUACAUCCGCAAUGUCAACUUCACAGGAAUUGCUGGCACCCCAGUGGUCUUCAACGUGAACGGAGACGCUCCUGGUCGCUAUGAAAUCUACCAAUACCAAAUCACAAGCAACUCCACAGAGUACAAGAUCAUCGGUCACUGGACAGAUCAGCUCUACUUAGACACAAAUGAGAUGCAGUGGCCUGGUGGAACACAAGAAGUCCCCUCCUCGAUAUGCAGCCAACCCUGUCGUCCUGGGCAGCGGAAGAAGACAGUGAAGGGAAUCCCUUGUUGUUGGCACUGUGAGAACUGCGACGGCUACCAGUAUCAGGCAGACACUUACACCUGCAAGAUGUGCCGCUUUGACUUGCGGCCUAAUGAGAACCACACUGGCUGUGAUCCCAUCCCCAUUGUCAAGCUGGAGUGGAGCUCUCCCUGGGCGGUCAUCCCUGUUCUAAUCGCUGUGCUGGGCAUCAUGGCCACUUUGUUUGUGGUCGUCACCUUUGUACGCUACAAUGACACUCCCAUUGUUAAGGCAUCAGGUCGAGAGCUGAGCUACGUGCUGCUGACCGGGAUCUUUCUGUGCUAUGCUACAACAUUCCUUAUGAUCUCUGCCCCUGAUGUGGUUAUCUGCUCCCUGCGGAGGAUUUUCUUGGGCCUGGGUAUGAGUAUAAGCUAUGCAGCGCUGCUCACCAAGACGAAUCGGAUCUACAGGAUUUUUGAGCAAGGAAAGAUGUCGGUCAGUGCCCCUCGUUUCAUCUCCCCAGCCUCACAGUUAGUCAUCACCUUCAGCCUGAUAUCAGUGCAGCUCCUCGGGGUGUGCAUCUGGUUUGGUGUCGACCCAUCUCAAGCCAUUAUCGACUAUGAAGACCAGCGUACAGCCGAUCCUAAAAUGGCCCGUGGCGUUCUGAAGUGUGAUAUUUCAGACCUGUCUCUCAUCUGUCUGCUGGGAUACAGCAUGCUGCUGAUGGUUACCUGCACAGUCUACGCCAUCAAGACCAGAGGGGUUCCGGAGACGUUCAACGAGGCCAAGCCAAUCGGCUUCACCAUGUACACCACCUGCAUUGUGUGGCUCGCAUUCAUACCCAUCUUCUUUGGUACUUCACAAUCAGCAGAAAAGAUGUACAUCCAGACCACAACCCUGACCAUCUCUGUAAGCCUCAGUGCAUCAGUCUCCCUGGGAAUGCUCUACAUGCCUAAGGUCUACGUGGUCCUCUUCCAUCCGGAGCAGAACGUACCCAAGCGCAAGCGCAGCCUGAAGGCUGUGGUCACCGCAGCCACCAUGUCCAACAAGUUUAACCCCAAAGGAGGCCUGAGGCCAAACGGAGAGGCCAAGUCUGAACUCUGUGAAAGUCUGGAAACACAAGCGUUGGCCUCCAAGCAGACAUACAUAAGCUACAGUAACCACGCCAUCUGAGACAGAGACAAACUAUGGAAGCGGAGCGACGGCCUGCCUGAGGAGAACUCACCUGAUUCCGGGGAAUACUGGGGAAACACUGGAGGACUUUGAAGCAGCUACAGCAAAAAUGACUGGGGUGGAAAGAUGGGAAUUUGUCA